AUGUGUGAUUCAGAUAGUAAAGAACAAUUAGAAAAUUAUAUUACUAAAAUAAUUAUGGAUAAUAGUUGUAACGAUAAAAUCUACAAGUGUGAUAUUUGUGAAAAGUCAUUUGAAUUUAUUUCUUCUUUGAAUAAACACAAAGAAAAAACUCAUAGUGCAGAAAAAGGUUUGUGUUUACUAGAAUACUUUUUAUUUAUAUACAAAUUUAAAUUCAAAAUUAUUAAAAAUUUUAUGUUACUCUAUUUCAUCAUUUUAGUAGUUUAUAUAUUGAACAUUUAUUUUUACUAUAUUUUUUUAUAAUUCCAUAAUUACAUACCAUUCUUGUUAUCUUUUGGUUAUAUUUACUAUUCAUGAAAGUGCAUACCUAACUCUUAAAUUAUAAUUCUUCAUUUAUUAUUAUUUUCUUGGAACAAAUUAUUAACAACUUUACAUUUUGUCAUGAUAUCAUAAUGAAUAUACUUAUGAGUUAUGACAAACUACAGAAAUUCAAUACUGUAUAUUUUACAUUUAAACCUGUGCAAUAUUUUUAAAUUUACUUAAAUACUAUUAUUUUAUUGUUGUUACUUUUUAAUUUGUAGAUAAAAGUACUACAACAAGUAAUAUGUUUAAUAGUUUGGAGGAAGAUGAAGAAUAUACAUUAUUGUAAGUAAAAACUCAAGUUUGUCUAGAUAUCAAUAAACAUAUUAUUUUGUAUUAAAUAAUUCUGAAUUUCCAUAAUAUAUGAAAUAUUAAUAACAAUAGAUUAAUAGGAAAAUAUAGACCUUCAUAGAAUAAAUGUUACCUACAAUUUUAUAAUAAUGUUGAAAUUACCCGAUUUUCUGAAUAUUUCAAAAGCUUUUAAUUAUUGAUGUUCUAGAUUUCAGGUUCAAUUAUUUAUGAGUUUAUGACACUUAAGCAAUGUUUUAUUUUAUCCAUAAGUAAUAUUUGUUUUGUUUAUUUACAGGUUAAAAAGACAGUUUAAAAAACUACAUAUCUUUCUUAAUUUUGUAAUAGGUGUGAAGUUGGCUCUCCCAUGUUGAUUUAUCCAAAUGUUUUUAUAUUACUACUAAACACUUGCUCAUAAUUUACAUUGAUUUAUUCAUAACUUACAACUGAAUAUUCUCAACACAAUUUAAUCUUUAUUAUUUAGGAACCAACUUUAAAUAGCCCUCCUCUUCAUAGAUUGCAGUACUAAAUCCCAAUUAAAAUCAACAUUUUUCUGCUGAUUUGUAGCUAUUUACACCAGGAUUUAGAAAAUGUAUAUUUCCAUAGUACAUUUCUUAUAAAAAUAAUUUUCAAGCUAACUUUUGCUAAUUAGUUUUAAAUACUAUGUAUAUAAUUGUAAACUUUUUCCACCAAAUUUUCUCCCUAUAUCUUAGUUAGAAAACAACUGUUUUUAAUAACUUAAACCAUCACUGGUGUAACAGUUAGGUUAGUAAUCAUCUUUUUAUCUCUUAAGUAAAUGGAUACCUAAUCUCACAGUAAAAUUAAUAUAGGCUCUAUUUUAACUGGAGGUAACAUAAUUUUUAGUAUUUUUAAAAAAUAUUCAUGGACAAGGAAUAUUUUAAGUUUUUUAAUAGAUACCGAAUAGUGAAUAGGAACUAUGAUUAUAUGAUAGAAGUAUACAUAAAAUAAAUUAUGUUUAAAAAUUAAAAAUUAAAUUUCAUAGAUAGAAUGAUUUUUGAGAAACCAAAAAAAAACAAUGCACCAAUUAGACAAAAUUUGCUUUCAGAAAAGAUACUAUACUCUAUAAAUCAGAGAAAGAUUUCUUUUUGAAGCGUUGUUUACAGACAGAAACAAUUUCAUAGUAAAACAAACAGAUUCCUAAAAGUAAUAUUUGUAGACAGCAUAUGAUACAAUAAUGUCAUAAUAAUGUAUAAUCAAAUUCCUAGAUAAAAUUUAUAUUUGAACUUUGCCCUCAUACCACCUUCAGAAUUGGGAUAUAUCCACCACUGAGAGAUAUUUAAUUGGCUAUGUACUAUUUAAAUACUUGUUUUGUUUAAAUUAAAUAUUCUAUUAUUGAAAUUUUAUUAAUAAAGCUUAUUUUUUCUAGAUUAAAUACAAUGUUUAAAAGAGUGAAAAAGAAGAAAACUUCUGAGGUAUGUAUUUAUUUAUAUGUUAAAAUUAUUGUUCAUAUUCAAAAUUGUAGGAACUACAAAAACAUUUUAAUUUUAAUAUGAUUUAAAUUUGAUAUAUUGUUAAAAUUAUUAUUUGUUAAUUAUACUUAUUGGAUGGUCCAAAUCUAUGUAGACUUGACAUUUUUUUUGAGAAAUUAAAAAUAAGCCCUCUCAUCAUUUUUUAAUGAUAUGAAAAAGUAAUUUUGAGAAAAUAUGUACUUGAUAACUUAUCUCCUUCCUGUACGAAAUAAGGUUGAAUUAUGACAUAAGGGUGUUGUUUUUGAGUUUUUUUAUUAGAUAAUUUUGAAUUAUUUUAAAUAAGUUUAUAUUUUAUUUAUUUAUUUAUAAAUAAGAUACAACAAUAUAGGUUCUAUUUCGUUAUAAUAUUCAAUCUUUAGCCAAUUUUUAAUACAUAAAAUUUGUUUUCGAAAACUGCAAAACAGCCCCUGUUUUGGAUUAUUUAUUAUAACUUAUUGAACGGUUACAUUUUUUCCAGAGAAUUGCUUGCUAUGAUAGGGUUUAAUAUAACAAGUCAUUGUUUAAGAAAAAUAAACUUGUUUCUUAUUCCAUUUUAUAGAAAUAAUUAUAGUGUUGUACCUUCCUUCUCUAGAGCAUUAAUAUUGGCAAAUCAAAUUAUGGAUUAUGUAGAUUUUAUCUUUAUGUCACAUAUUGUUUUUAAAAGAAAUGUAUUUUAAGCUUUAAGUUUAAUUGCCAAUUAAUUAUAAUAAUUAAUAUUUAUUAUGUUUUGAGUUAUUAUUUUCUCAUUUUUACUAUGUUUUUAAGCUAAUCUGUAUUUACUUUAAAAAAAAAAGUAUGUCUAAAUUCAUUUACUAUUUUUAUAAUUUUUUUUGAUUACUUAAACUUAUAUUAUGAAAUUUUAACCUUAAAUGUGAGUUCAUUCACAUUUGCUGUAUUUACAAAAGAGUUUUUAUCCGUUUAUUAUACAAUAAAUAAAUAGAUAAAUUUGGAAAAAUAAAGCAUAUAGAGGAAAAAUUGUAUAUUAUAAAUCAUUGAAAAUACUUUUAUAUUAGAAAAAAUGCUCAAAUAAAACUUCCAUUUAAUUUAUUAUUUCAUAAAAAAAAGUAAAACAAAAUAUGUGAGAAAUAAUUAUUUUUUUUUAUCAAUUUAAAAAAAAAACCUAAUAUUGGUGAUGGGAGCGGACACUGUUGUAGGUGAAAAGUUGGGAAAGUAGGAUACAUAAGGAUAUUUCAUUUAUAUCUGUAAGAAAUGAUAAACCAUUAUUUGACAAAAGACGAUUUAAAACGCAGUUUGGUAAUGCAUUAUUUGAAGUGCCAUAAACAUUUUUUGUUAUUUUGUUUAAAUUUAAUUAAAAAAAAAAAAAAGUACGAUGAUUUUGGAAAUGUAACUACAUCUAGUUAACAACACUAUAAGUAUUAUAACCACAUUUCUAGGGUUUACAUGUAUUUAUAAUCGAAUUACAGCAAAAAAACUCCUGAAAAUUUAAAUUCCUUAAAAGUUCAAAAGUUUUGGCGAUAAUACGAUACAAAAUGCAUUAUUGUAAGCAUUUAAUUAUAAGUUUUAAUCAUGUAAUGUAAUUAUUAGAUAGGUAUUUAUUACUUAAACCUUUAAUGUAUAUUUUAUUUUAUUACUGUAUUAGUAAAUAUUUGUUUUUGUUGAAGUUUACAUGAAAAGAGACUUAUAAACAUUAUUGUGUUUGUUGCAUAUCAUUCUUAAUUUUGUAAUAUGUGUUAAGUUAGCUCUCCCAUGUUGAUUUAUCCAAAUAUUUUCAUAUUACAACUGAACAUAUGCUAACAAUUUACAUUGAUUUAUUCAUAACAUACAACUCAAUAUUCUCAACACAAUUCAAUAUUAAAACUCCUUAAAUGCUCAAAAGUGGCUCAAGAUUUUUGGGAAUAAUACCAUAGGAAAGUAAAUCAAAAAAGGAAAAAAAAAAGGUGUCAAAAAUCUCUUAGUGAAAUAUAUUUAUUACUGUUUCAUAUUAGUGUUAAUAAAAUCUCAAUUAUUUAAAUUUAUGACCAACAACUAACACUUAAUAUCUUCAUUUAUUUUAAUUUUGAUUGUGUUUAAAUCAAAGUAUAUACAUGCUUGUUAAAUACAUUUAUUUAUUGUGAUAAUUUAAAUAUAUCUAUUUGGUACUUUAUUCAUAGUCAUUGUAUUUUUUAACAGUUUAUUAUAAACAUAUUAUGUUUUUAGGUUACCCGAGUAAAAAUAUUAUCACCUAAAGAAAAAAAAAAUAUCAAACAACAAACUAUGUGUGAUUCAGAUAGUAAAGAACAAUUAGAAAAUUAUAUUACUAAAAUAAUUAUGGAUAAUAGUUGUAACGAUAAAAUCUACAAGUGUGAUAUUUGUGAAAAGUCAUUUGAAUUUAUUUCUUCUUUGAAUAAACACAAAGAAAAAACUCAUAGUGCAGAAAAAGGUUUGUGUUUACUAGAAUACUUUUUAUUUAUAUACAAAUUUAAAUUCAAAAUUAUUAAAAAUUUUAUGUUACUCUAUUUCAUCAUUUUAGUAGUUUAUAUAUUGAACAUUUAUUUUUACUAUAUUUUUUUAUAAUUCCAUAAUUACAUACCAUUCUUGUUAUCUUUUGGUUAUAUUUACUAUUCAUGAAAGUGCAUACCUAACUCUUAAAUUAUAAUUCUUCAUUUAUUAUUAUUUUCUUGGAACAAAUUAUUAACAACUUUACAUUUUGUCAUGAUGUCAUAAUGAAUAUACUUAUGAGUUAUGACAAACUACAAAAAUUCAAUACUGUAUAUUUUACAUUUAAACCUGUACAAUAUUUUUAAAUUUACUUAAAUACUAUUAUUUUAUUGUUGUUACUUUUUAAUUUGUAGAUAAAAGUACUACAACAAGUAAUAUGUUUAAUAGUUUGGAGGAAGAUGAAGAAUAUACAUUAUUGUAAGUAAAAACUCAAGUUUGUCUAGAUAUCAAUAAACAUAUUAUUUUGUAUUAAAUAAUUCUGAAUUUCCAUAAUAUAUGAAAUAUUAAUAACAAUAGAUUAAUAGGAAAAUAUAGACCUUCAUAGAAUAAAUGUUACCUACAAUUUUAUAAUUAUGUUGAAAUUACCCGAUUUUCUGAAUAUUUCAAAAGCUUUUAAUUAUUGAUGUUCUAGAUUUCAGGUUCAAUUAUUUAUGAGUUUAUGACACUUAAGCAAUGUUUUAUUUUAUCCAUAAGUAAUAUUUGUUUUGUUUAUUUACAGGUUAAAAAGACAGUUUAAAAAGCUAAGAAAGAAAAAGGAAGUAUCAAAUUUGGUAAGUAGUUAAUUUUGAUAUCCCUAAUCUAAAAAUAUUAGGAUAUUUUUACCUACUUUUUAUAUAUAUUCUGACAUUCAUUUUUUUCAGAAUGUAAUUGAGAUAUUUUUGCUAUAAACAGUCACACAAAAACAGAUUUUCUUCUUGUUAAAAGAAAUAUUAAAUUUAUAAAAAUCAUACUAAGAGCUAUUUAAAUAAUAUAUAUUCUAUGAUUAAGAUAUAUAGAGUCUCAUACUAUUUAUCUCUUGAGUUUUAAUAAAAAUUAAUAUUUGAAAAUACUGAAAUGGGAACUAAUUUCAAACUUCAAAAACAUUCAUGAUUAGAUCUUUGAAUUUUCACUCCAAUGAAAUUAUAAUAAUGAUUUAAUAUUUAUUUAUCUAUUCGAAAUACAUCUCAUCAAUUAUGAUUUAUUACAUUAUUAAUGUUUACUGGAAUCAAAAUUUGUGGGCAUGAACAAUACUAUAUUUAUAUGAACUAUUUUGACUCCCUCUUUUUUUAGGACUAAGUCAUCAUUUGAGAAAUUUAAUCUAUACUUUGGUAGCUCUAUUUUUAAAGGUUUUUUUGGUUCAUAUAAAAUAUUUUAACUGCUCUGUAAAACCCGUGAAAGCCAGUAUUAUAUCAUCUUUAUUUGAUGACAUUUAUAAAAAUACAUAACACUUAAAAACAAUAAACACAACAACGAUUUUCACGAUUUCACUUGAUAACAGUUAUUAAAUGAGUGACAUAUUAAACAUUUAGAAUAAAAAGACAGGUGAAAACAAAUGAAUAAAUAAUCAGAGGCGGACCAACAUAUGAGUUAAAACGAAAUUUUCCGUGGGUCUCGAAGUAAAAUUCUGAACUGUUUAAUAAAAUUGCACAUAAUUGAAUCAUUCAUAGGAAUAUUAUAAUGUAUAAUGCUUUAUUGUAACAGUUCAAGUAAAUAAAAUCGAUAGAAUAUUGAAAUAAUAUAAUAUAUUGUAUAUUAUACAAUUGUAUAAAACCUUUAUGUAGCCAACAACUGGUAGUGAUACUGUAUAGGAGAAUACUUAUGGAAGGAUUUCCCUUUGCAAGUGAUGCUAUCACUCUAUCAAACUUUAAUAUGUUUUAUUGCUCAAAUAGAUCACAAUUUAUUUAUUUUUUAUUAUGUACCAAUGAUUUUAUAAGAUAGUCCUGUUAGUUGGUAACAUGCAGAAAGAACAAAGAACUUUAAGUUCGGUAAAUAUUUUUACAAUUAUUUUGUAUUAAUAUACAACAUUACAUUUUUAGAUGUUCACACUUAUUGUAGUCAUUGUAUUUACGUAAAUACUAGAAAAAAAAUAUUUUACAGUUUUAGUCUUCGUCGGAUACGAUCAUGCUAAUCGCGUGUCUGGCCGAUUACGUUUCACUUAUGACUCAUAGAUUUUAUAUAAUAUUCUAUAAUGGUUUUUGUGUGUAUUAUGCUCAUUAACUAUUAAUAGAAUCCAACUUUCUAUCUCGUUUAAUCUCUGUAAUUUACUUUUUAAAAAGCUGUGUUUUUAAUUCGUCUGUUGCAAAGUCGUUAAUUAUUUUAAAUUCGUGAAAGUGUUCGAAGGUUCCCACAACAUAACAUCACCAAGUUCAAAAACAUCUGUUAGUGUAAGACUUGACGGACUUAUAAUAUCAGUUAGGUCUCUGGAAAAUAAAAUUAAUCAGCAAGAUUCAAAUAUUUCCAAAAUCUUGACGAAACCUUGCGGUCACUUAAUAUAACUAACGAUUAGUUUAACAAAAUUAACACAAAGUACAUUAUAGGUUUUUUUUAAUAAUUAAGUUUAUUAAGUUUUUGUUUUCAUAAGUAUUUUAUGAUCAUAAUAUUUUUUCGAAAAUUAUAAAAAUAACGGCAUUUCAAAAUAUUUCUUAUUGAUAGCUGCUCUGAAUCGUUUUUUGUUAGCAAUGAUUUAUCGUUGAGUAUAGAUAUAAAUUAUAUAACUUUAUGGAUCUUACCUUACUACUUUUCCACCCGUACGAGUGGCUGUACCCGUUCCCAGUAAAAGUUAUUUUUAUUAUUAUUAUUAUUUGCAUUGUUCAUAAAUUAAAAACCCAUUGUUUAAUAAGUUAGGUUAUUGAUUAUAGUAGGGCUUCCAAAAAAAUUGCAUUCGCGGUUCUUAAUAAAUGAAAUUACGCCACUUGAACGAAUAGUGUAAAAGAUACGGUUGAACAGCUAGUGAAUUUACUUCACAUUUGUUUUCACCGUAGUCUAAACCAGGGUCGCCAAUCUUUUCCAACAAGUGAGCAACACUCAACAUUUUUAGUUUGGUAAUGAAAACCUAUUUAUUUAGAUUUUUGGAAUUUUAUUUAUAUUUUUAAAUACUGUUAAUAUAGAGUAGAUGUAUAUAAUAUUAUAUACACCUACAUUUUUGUAAAAUUACUUUUAAUAUGUGAAAUCAGUAAACUUUUUUUUUAUGCAAGUACAAGAGAAAAAAGGGUUUUAAUCUGAUAUCUGGCAUUGCUUUUCUGCAAGUUUUAAGACUUCUGGAAUAUAAUUAAAACCUGCUCGUCAACUUGAAUUCAUAUUUGUAUUUGUCAUUCUUGACCGAUAUUUAUUCUUCAAGUAUUUUAUACUCGUUCACUCACAUAGCUAAGUGGAAUCCAAAAAUGGAGUUACAUGUCAUAUGAAGAGUAAUUUCUUGUAGGUUUUGGUAUUUUUGAGUACUUGUAUACUUGGAAAACCCCGAGAUUAUCUUAAUUCACGAGCAAAGGAAGUUAAACAUUUUUUCAGUUCUGAAAAAUAAACAUCAUAUAAACUUAUAAAUUACCUGGUGGAAGGAAAGAUUAGUCUGAUUCAAAUGUUUACGUCAUCCCUUUUGAAAAACUAAAAUAACAUAUCUGCUUCGGGACUAGUUAUGUUACAGAAAUGAUUUUUUUUUUCAAAUGGGGUAAAGCAGUGCUUUAUUUGUAAUAAUAUAUGAAGAGGGAAUAUUAUAAGACUAAAAAAAUAGCAAAAAAUUGAGCACUGGGGUUUAGGUAACCAAAAAUAAAUAUAUUUUUUUUAAAAAUAAUAAUUUUGUUAUUAUUUUUAAAACGAUUAUAAGGACUUCUAUAGACAAUUUAUUAAUAUUUUUUUUGUGAUUUUCAGAAUAUUUGAUGGCGAAAACGAAAACAUGUUCUGAAUUUACUAAUCAUUUAACUUAUAAUUUGAAUAGUUGUGUAUUAUAUUAAAAAAUUGUUUCACUGUUUAAUUUUAUAAGUAUGAAUGUUCUAUAUAGAUAUAUUAUAAUAGUUUUAUUUUUAUUUUGUUUCUAGGCGAAAUCUCAAGUAAAACCAAUACCACUAAAUGAGAAUAUAAAACGAAUAAUGUUUGUUGGACCUUGUAAUCGAUAUUUAUAUACUAACAACGUUGAAAUUAAUUCAGAUAAAACUUCUAAUAGUAAAGUCUAUGGUUGUCACAUUUGUAAAAUAUCGUCCAAAUGUCUUUCUACUUUAAAUGAACACAAUCAAAUUCAUGCCGUCAAUCAUGAUAGUUUGUAUUCAUGUGGAAUUUGUAAUAAAACAUUUAAGUUUGCCAGAAAUUUGUCUGGUCACAAAUGUCUUCAACCUGAAAAAAAAACGCACAUAUGUAAUAUUUGUUCUAAAUCAUUUAUUUAUAAUUCAAAGUUAAAUCAACAUAUUAGAGAAAGACAUACCAGAGAAAAACCAUACUCUUGUGACAUUUGUGGAGCAGUGUUUACUCAAAAUAACUCUUUAGUUCGUCACUAUAGAACCCAUACUGGAGAAAAACCUUACCCUUGUAACAUUUGUGGAAGGAAAUUUUCUUUAAAAUUCAUUUUGAACAAUCACUAUAAAAUCCACACAGGGGAAAAACCGUACUCUUGUAACAUUUGUGGAAAGAAAUUUGCUAUGAAAUAUUAUUUGGUUCUUCACUAUAGAAUACAUACUGGAGAAAAACCUUAUACUUGUGACAUCUGUAGUGUAAAGUUUUCUAAAAAAUCUUCCUUGAAUUACCACUAUAAAAUACAUACUGGAGAGAAGCCGUUUGAUUGUGGUAUGUGUGAAAAGUCCUUUCGAGUUCAAAGUGAUCGAUUAAAACAUGUACGAAGAAUACAUAAUAGACAAUUUUAGGUUCUUUGCAAUCAAAACUUAAAACACACAGUUACUGUCCCUUAUUUGUAUUAUUUAACAAAUAAGUGAUUAUAUUUUAAGGAAAACUUCAAAAAAAUGUAAUGUAUAGACUAGUAUUAUAGACUAGUCACUAUUUCUUUAACCUAAUAUUAUUUAUACAUUAUUAUAAUUUUUUUUUUUUUUAAUAAAUAGUAUUAUUUUAAUUUAGACGUUUUGUACUUUGGUAUUUUACCCAAUAAAAUCAUUUAUUGUAUCAGCUCCUGAUAAUCUAGUAUUUCUACAUGUAGAACUGAAGAUGCUUUUAGUUUGGCUACAGGUGUAAAAGUUACUUUUAGACAAUUAAUUAUAUAUUUUAACAUAUCGGUAAGUUAAAAUAUAAAGUCCAAAUACCAUUUUUACUUGAACUUUUCAUUAUUUAAUAUUUAUUGAUAAUCAAAUUAUUAUUUAAGGACCACAGAUCUAUGAGGUAGGUGUAUAUAUACAUAAAUACAUGGAUGGGAUAGUGUGUAUAAAAAAAAAAAGACGUCCUAGGAUAAUGGAGACGGAUGCAGCUACUGUUAUAGAUAAUUUAAUGAAUAUCUGUGAGCAAUGAUAAGCCAUUGCUAAUGAAAAACGAAUCUGAGUGCAUAAUUAAGUUUAUUGCAAUGUUGUCAACAAUAUAUACCGUAAAAUGGGUUUACUCAGGACACUUAAAUUUCAAAUGAACGCUGAUCAAUAAGUUUUCAAAAUACGAUAAUAAUGGUAAGAAUCAAAAACUGGUCUUGGCUUAGAUUAUAAGACCCAUAUGUUUUUUUUUUUUUUGAUUCUCCCUUUUCCAUUUUUUUUUUAAAACAAAUAUGCUUGUCCCAAGUUAGACUUGGUGUUUGCUAACUUGGGACAACUAUUGUUUUAUAUAAAAAAAUCAUGUAUUCAAGUUAGCCAUAUGUCCCAAGUAACCCGAUUUUACAGUAUAUCAUAUUAUGGUAAAAUAAUUAAAUAGGCAUUAUAUAUUUUCUUUAAUAAUAUUUUUUUAAUUUUCUUGUUUUUCAAACGUUUUCCGGUUUUUUCUCAGUUUUUUUUCGGUUUUUCACAUUUGAUGAGAAAACUUGAGAAAAUCAAAAUAUGACCUUUAUAAAGUAUCUCCCCACAACGAUUUUCUUUCAAUAAGGGUGCUACACUUAAAAAUUUGAGCAAGAUUUCUGGUAGAAAAGUUGCUCACAGACAAAAAAGAAAUAAUAAAAUAAACAUCUUUGUAAAACCAUAAGUUUCUUCGCUCCAUUCAGAAUCUAAAAUCGAUAUUUUAGUAGGUAAAUAAUGAAAAUCUAGAACAAUGGAUUUUGAUCUGGGUUCUACGUCACACUAGAUCAUUCUUUAAGUAUUUCAUGCUCUUUUAAAUUUUGUAUUUGUUUAUAAGUGGCCGAUAGGCGAUCGCAAUGAAUUGUUAUAUAAGAAAAUAGUUGUGUUUACAAGUGUGUUCUGUUUAUCUAUUUUUCUAUUAUAUAGCAUAACAAUUGUGUUUAUCUAAUUUGGCAUAAAAAUUAAAUAAUGACCUAAAAAAAAGAUCUUAAUAAUUUCUUUGUAGUUGAAAUAUGUAACGCGAACAUUUUUUGAAGAGCACAGUGUGCUGUGUUUAAAAACGUUUAAAAAUCAUUAGGUAUAGACUAGAGGACACUAGAGAGUUGAGUGACCAAAUCCUAGUCUGUCUGAUUUUUUUUAAUUUAAAUAUUACGGUAGUAUUACUUUGUAUAAAUUCUUACAAGCCAAUAUAAAAACAAAAGUUCCAAAGUAUAAGUACUUUAAUAAUUUUAAAAUUUAUCGUUCUGUUUACUAUUUACAAAUUGGGAUAUUUUAUUUAUUUUUUUUUCUUGCUUAAUAUGAGCAUCACCUAGUCAUUAGGUAACCUAAUUCGGGACUUAUCGCAUUGCCAAUAAUGAAAAUAUGCAUGCAAAAAUGCAUUAAAAUAUCAUCAAAAAUGCUGAAAAUAUGUACACAAAAAGUUACAUGCACCCAAAAAUGUAAUUAAAUUUGUUUUUUUAUUUUAAAUGUAAUUUAAAAAAGUAAUAAUAAUAUACAUAAUAAAAGUGUAAAUAAAAUUUCACUGUAGUAAUUGGCUGCCUUUAUCCAAAUACUCCAUCUUGUCAAAAUUGGUUCUGGUGGUAUUGAUGGAGAUAGAGAUAGAUCAAUAGAUUUAAAAUAUUGAAUACGAUAGUAUGAUUUAUAAAAAAUUGUUUUCCUAUUUGUGAUAAGUUUGUCAACUUUUGGAUAUUCUAUUCGUAGAGUUUCAGCAAUUCUAUGAAAUGCAUGGGCUAAACAAGAAGUAUGUAUAGUUUUUGUGUAAAAUAAUUGAAUGGUUUAUCUAGCUUUAACCAUGUAAGAGGCAGUGUCAUUGAGAAACAAUAAUACUUUAUCGUGCUAAAUACCAUUGGGUAAAAGUGAGUUCAUUUAUUUAUCAAAUACUUUAUAAAUUGUGAAAUGAUUACAUUUUUCUUGCUCCUCAGAAUUCAAAAGAAAAAUCAUACUAUACUCAGUUUCAUUUAAAAUGCCAUUAACAACGUUCGCUACAUAUGUGCCUGUAACAUCGGUACUUUUGUUUAUUGAUACCCAAUACAUUUAUUUUGACCAUAAUCCCUAAUUUGUUGAAUUGUAUUUUCAUAAAUAUUGUUAACAUAACCUUUUCGUAACGUUGAUUCAAAAGGAAUAUCUUUACCAUUGCACAUCGUUAGAAAUUCUUUUAAAUAUGGAUUGGAUAUAUGUUAUUAGCUGACAAUAAAACCUUACAUUGAUCGUGACUGAAUUUAGAUUUUUUUUGUAACGUCCUACAGUGGAGUAUUAAAGAAAAAUCAUGGCAAAAACCUGAAUAACAUUUCGUGGUGAUUAAACAUCACAAAUAUUUAUUAAAAAUUGCUUAUGUAAGAAAUUUUAUUUUAUUUUAGAACAAGUAUAUAUAUAUAUACAAGGUGUCUCACGAUAAUUUGCUUGUCACUCGAAAUAACUUUUAUUCUAUUUAAUAUUUUUGAUAAAUUGUUUUUUAAAUAAUUAUGAUGCCUCUGCGCUACAGUUUAUAUCUAGACAUUUUUUUUUAGGGGGGGGGAGUUAAAACAAACAAUUUAAAAUUGUGUUAUGAUUUUUAUAAAAAAAAUCAAAAUAACCAUUUUCGUUCACCACUUCCAGAGAACUUAAUUUUUGGCAUUCCACCCUUAACUUUCAAAUCAUUCAAAUACGGUAGGAAUACAUACCUUAGUUUUUAACCAAUUAUCAUUUUUUAUUUAAAAGUAAUCUAUGUUCCGAGAUAAUGCAUGCCAUUUAAUAUUUAACUACGAAAUAGAAUAAGAUAAUAGUUUUUUGAUAUGUUUUGGUUAUUUGUUCGGAUAUUUAGUAAUUUCUUGUAUAUAAUUGAAUAAAAGUUCAUAAUUUCCAUUUGUUUUGAUUCUUUUGAAAAUUCUUUUAAAACUUUAUACAAAUCUCUUCUACUAAGUUCAAUAUAAUUGCAUCGAGAUCCUUUAUAAAAUAUGUUUAAACAGUAUUAUUUAUUUAUGAUUUAAUAAGGUCCAGAUAACCAAAAAAUAUGUGUUUAUUUGUAAUAUAUACGUGUAGUAUGUAAUAAACACAAUAGUUGAAAAAAAAAGUUUUGAAAAUUACAAUUAUUUAAAAAAUCUAUUUUUUCUUUCAAGUUUAUUUCAAAUUAUUAUCGCACUAUUUCCAAAUAAACUUAAAUCGACCUUUUUUUUUAUAAUUUUUUUUAAAUUAUCAACUAAAAACACAUAAUAUGAAAAAAAAUUAAAAAAUUUGCAUAAGUACUAAUAAAUUUAAUUUUAAAUAAAUAUAGUAUAAUUUUUCGUAGAUGUAUAGGUUUUUAUUACCAUUUAAUUAGUUUUAAAUAAUAUCGGAGAUAUUAGCAUAUAUUUUUAGCUUUAAUGUACUUGUUAUAAGUACGACUAUUAAAUUAUAUACAAAUUUUAAGUUGAUCGUGCUUCAUCCAGAAUGUAAAAUAUAUUUAACUUUACAUUUUAUAUGAUAUUUACAUAUAUUUUAAAUUUUAAUCUAUAUGAUAGCAUUAAUAUUUAUAAAAUGGUAGUUACCUUUAGAACAUAGGCAUAGUGUGAUGGUUUUCUGAGAGGGAGAGGGCUAUAACCCUAAAAAAAUUGUUUACAUAGGUAAUAUACCAGGAACGUCUCCAGACUGUAACUAUGAGGGAGGGGGAUGUAAUAAUUUAAUUAAAUUGAUUGAUUAAAAAUGGGUGGACUACUGUUAUAGAUGAAAAGUUGGGAAGGUAGGAUAUAUUGAAUGAAACUUAAUGUAUACCUGUACCUUAACAAAUUUAAGCUUUGCCAAUAAAAACGAUUCAGAACGAAGCUCGGUUAAUGGUAUUUCUCAGAAGCGUCUUCUGGUUAAUUCCAUGGGGGGGAAAUGUUUACUCUUAAAUACCACCAUGUUGAUCAACGAAUGCUUUUAACCUUUAUGCCUGAUGUCAUUUCAACUUAUAUUAGCUUGGAAGACUGCAGAUAUAUUGUAUAAAUGCAGUAAAACAGUACAAUUUAAAACUUAAAUCUAUUUUUUUACAUUAAAUAAAUAAUAAUCGCCAUUACUUUCUAUAUUAAUGUUUUCAUUUCGAUGAAUAUUUAAAAGUUAUAAGCCAGUUAGUCUCUGUUCAAUUUUUUUUAUCACAAAGUACGACUUUUAAUGAACCUCAUUUAAAAUUCUCAAUUAUUUCUGCUUGGUCUAACAAUUUUAUCCACAGAGUACCUAAAAAUUACGUAUUAAACUCACAAAAUUAAAAUAUCUAUAAAUUGCUCAAAAAUUUGUCAAGAAAAGGAAAACAUAAGUUUUAUGUUCAAAUUUCAAUUUUCUACGAAAAUUUUUAACUAAAUUAUGUCAAAAAACAAAAUUUAAAAUUAUAAAAAGCAUUAUUUUCGUAAAUUUUCCCGUUUUACUUACGUUUUAUCCUGGGUUUUCCUGGUAUUAUGAAAACUACUUGUAAAAUCAGAAAAAGACUUUCCUAAAUUACCAUUUAGUUCAAUAUGACAAUAUUUUCUUUCAAUAAAGGUGCUACACUUACAAUAUGAAACAAGAUUUCAGGUAGAAAUUUUUGUCAUAGUAUAAAAAAAACCAUUGUAAUCCAAUCAGAAUCUAAUAUUUAAAUUAGAUUAACCAUUUUCCAUUUUGAUUCUAAAAAUAUAUUAUUUUAUUAUAUCUUUGAUAAUUGAUUGUCCCCACUUAAUUUUCCAUAGUUCUAUCUCACCCUUGAGAGAAUAUAUAUUGAAAUUUAUAAAUGAGAAAUGUCAGUGUUAUUUCAAUCAAAGUAUUUCCAAGAUCCGGAAAUCAUUUUUAUUUUAUUUGGAACCAGGUUCAUUUGUACGUCUUUGUACUUAAGAAUUAUAGAUAUUUUGUGUAACAAAAAAAAAAAAUCACAAGACUUAUGGGGGGCGGGGGCAAUAGUCUACUUUGCCUCUCCUUAGGGACGUGCCUGUAAUAUACCUUCUCGUGAGUUGCCACUCCCUGAAAAACAUAUGGUUUUUUCCCAGGAAGUCCAUCGGCGGACGAUGAUAAUAUUAUAGACUAUAGAUAGAUUAUAUAUGACAAUAUAUAUACGUAUAUAACAAAAUUGAAAAUAUUAUUAUUGUUGAUAUCAAUCUGAUGUUAUGUAAUAAUAAUUUUAUAAUUAUUACUAUACACAUAUAUUGUAUACAUGAAUAUCUACAAAUUUGAAUUAUUAAAUAAAUUAUUCUAUGAAUAUUUUACCUAUUAUUAAAAAAUAAAUAAUAGAAUAUUUUUCAGUUCUCAUACAUGGAUGUAUAAAAUAGUACAUUUUUACUCAGGAGACUAAAGUCUAGCCCCCAUUAUUCUAUGCCUAUGCUCCAGGGAUAAAAUCCAUAUUUACAAUAAACCUUUAUUUUUAAUAUCAUAAAAUGAUGACAAAAUAAUAUAACAACGAUAAUGUUCAAAAUAAAAUUACGUUAGGGCAUAAAAACUAUAAAGGGCCAUGCGUGGUUAAUAAGACAACACAGACCUACUAAUAUUUUUAUUUAAUGUUUAUCUAACUGAACUUUGUACUCUGUUUUAUAAUCUUUAAUUUAUCUUAAAUAUUAAUUGUAUAGAGUUAUUUUUAUUUCAUUGGGUUUUGGUCAGGAUUUUUCUUAAAUACGCCACUGUGCGUCCAUUAUAAACUGUUGUGUAAGUACAUAUUUUACUUGUACUUGGGUGAUUUUCAAUUCGCUUAGCUGCCCGCCUUAUGAUUUUCCGUUAUAAGAUUUCGGGCGACAAUAAACCUAUUAUCCACGCUCACUUUCGUUUCACAAAAAUUGCAAAACACAUUUUAGUUAUUAGUAAUGACUAAUUUUUUCAUAAAAAUUGUAAAUGGAAUUAUAGUAAAUUGUUCAAACUACGUUUAGAAAUAAGUUACAUAACACGCUCGCAGAGGCUUUCCUAACUUAUUAUAUUUUUAUUUUAUUUUACCAUAGUGACCGCGUCUUCUCUAUUGCGAUUGUUCAUUAAUAAACAAUACAAUAAUUUUAUUUAGUUACAACGACCACAUGACGGUAAAUAAAUUCUACUUCUUGGCAUAUUGUACCACGACAGUGAUUACCAUAUUAUGUUACAGCAGCAUGGUGACAUAGCGAGUGGUCUGUUGGGCGCCACUGGCCUGUGCAGUGACGGUGGGCGCAUACGCGCCCUGUGCGCCGACGCACGGCGUGCGUUUUUACAGCAACCAAUGCUAUUGCGGCUUCGUGCGCCCAUAAAAGUGGUCGGUGACUUACACGGUCAGUUCGGCGACUUGCUCCGAUUGUUCAACGCAGCCGGCCGGCCACCUGAUGCCGAUUUCCUGUUCUUGGGUGACUUUGUAGACCGUGGCCCGCAGUCUAUCGAAGUACGCCAAGUCCUUAUAAAGUCCCACCGAUAAAUUUUGUACACUAACAAUUGGUUAUCAACACCGUGAUCUAUUACGGUUAUCAUAUGUGGUUUAGAUAACCGUGGUUUUCUAAUUUUAUGUCUUCAAUAUGACAAUUAAAUUAUAUUGAAAUUAAAAUCCGAAAGACGAAUAUUGAGGAGUUGAGAGAUCGUAAGAACUAUAUGUGAGAUGCAGAGUACAUAAUGGUUAAUCGUUAUGCCCUAAAUUAAUGACGUGAGCAGGCAAUAAUGUGUGACUCUUACGUAAACGAUUGAAACGUACAAUACUGGAUCUGGGUAAUUUAAAGUUGUUGACAGGGACUGGAAUCGAAAUGAAAAGAACCGGUUCUGGAACUGGAAUCUUUAAAAUAUUUGGAACUGGAAACUCUAUUCACAAAAAGUGAAAAACCGGAACCGAACCGGAAUUUUUAUGUUUUAAACAUUGAGAACCAGAACCUUUAAAAAUAAAAAAAUGUAAGUACCGGAACCUAAAUUUAAAUAAUUAUUUGCAAAUAUAACAAUGGUACAAAAAUAAUUUUAUAAUAUUUUUUACAAAAAGGUUGUUUUUAAAAUUUUCCAAAGUGAAUAUAUAAAAAGUUAUUAUUUUUUUUUUUUAAUGUUGAGGGGAUGAAAAUAAAAAUGUAAUUUUGCUGUAAAUCGAUGGCCUCUUUAAAGACAAACUGAUUGAAAAAAAAUCGAAAAAAAUUUAAUACAAACAGCGCUAAAAAAAUCCGUCGAACAUGGUCGAAUUACAUAUUUGAAUAAAUAUGUAAGUAUAUAUAAUAUGUGUGUACCUUGGAUGCUUAUGAGACAUUGAUUAAAUUUAAUCAAUGAUGUAAGUCAUUAGUUUUUAGGAUUGGCAUUAUAUAAUAUAAGAAGUUUAACCCCCAGCAAUGCUAUUCGUGCUUACAUUUUUUGUGAAAGAACCAGAACCGAUAUUUUUUUUAAAGAACCAAAACUGACCCGAUGUAUAUUUCUUAACAGAACUGUAAUCGUAAAAGAACUAGUUAAAUUUUUUCUGAAGAACCGGAACUGAAAUGAAAACGCUAAAAUCAAAAGGUUCCAGUCCCUGGUUGUUGAACCAAGAUUUAUUAAGGAUAUUUAGGAAUUAGUUGUAUAAUUAGUGGAAAACCUUAUAAGUCCAAUAAGAAAUCCAGAAUUUGAAUAUUUGAAUUUGAUAUAAAUUCAUAAUUUGCGAUUAAAAAUGUGUGAAAAUAGAAUAAAAAUAUUGUUGGUUAGAUUAGGUUAGAUAGAUUGAGUUGUUAGGUGUAUUGUACAAAAAGUGGGAUUAUUGGUGUAACGUUAUAUUAUCACCACCACAGUAAACAUCGAUUUUCACGGGUUUUGAAUAGUGUACAAAUCGGGAUUUUCGAUUAAAAAUUUGUAAAAAUAAAAUAACAAUUGUGGGAGCAAUUUUUUUUAAUGAAAUUCUCAAUUGGGAAUAUUAAUGUAACGGGCCAUUUUUUCCAUAUUUGUUAAUUUUGCCUUUUUAAAUUUAAUUUACCACAUGCUUUUUGCUCUAAUAAUUUUUCAUAAAUCUCGUACUCAUAAUUUUUAUACCUAUCCGUAAUUUUGAAGGUGAUCACUCUGCUGUUGGUGCUCAAGACUCGGUAUCCGGAGAACGUAUACCUGUUGCGAGGCAACCACGAGUCCCGUUCCGUUAAUGUCCGGUACGGGUUUUACGGCGAGUGCAGGUCCCGGUACGGACCUCUGCCGGGCCUCCAACUGUGGCGGGCUUUCAAUAAGACAUUCGAUUGCAUGCCGGUGGCCGCUGUAAUUGGCGGCCUUAUAUUCUGCACGCACGGUGGCCUUAGCCCUCACCUGCGCCACAUGGAUCAGAUCGAUCGCAUCCCGCGUCCUACACCGGUGCCCAAGUACGGCAUUAUGUGUGACUUGUUGUGGGCCGAUCCGGCCCGCGGUUCAUGCCGGGGUUGGCGAAAGAACGUCCGUCGGAACUUAUCGUACGAGUUCGGGGCUGACAGGGUGAUUGAGUUCCUCAAUCGGUUCCGUUUCAAGCUAGUAGUCAGGGCUCAUCAAGUAUCAUUAUACUUUAUGUAUUUAUACAUAUUAUGCAUACAUAUACACCGUUAUUUAUAUUAAUUGCGAUGUAUAUGAUUUUCUACCCGCCCAUUAAUUCAGCGUACCUAUAUGUGAUUAUAUAAUAAUCAGUGGCGUUGGUGUACCCAGGAUUUUUCAAUGGCAACGGCUAAACAAAUCGAAUUAAAUGUAUAAUAUGCUAUAACGGUACAUAUAAUAGCGUACGCAAAACAAUUUCUAAUGUAAUAAUAUUAUUAUAAAAAGUCUUUUUCUCGAAAUUAUUUUUCAAAAUAGACUUAUGUAGUACUUUUCUAGAUAAAGUCGUUUGUACUUACCUGCGUGAGUAAUUGAAGACCUGAGAGCAAAAACGAGAUAAGUCCAUUUUUUUAAAUUGUUCAUAAUACGUUAAGAAAGCAAUAAUAAAAUAAGGAUUGGACAUAUCUUGUUGUUGCACCGUAAUUGCUUUACGGUGUUACCAGUAUUUGGAGCAACAACCAGACUUGUCGGGACAUAUUUUGUUGUUCUAUCAAAAAAGACCACAAGAUAAGUCCAUUUGUGUUAUAAUUCCGUAAAUAAUCGUCGGACGUGUCUGAUUGUUGCACCGGUCGAUGCGGUAUAUGGUUUCUAUCCGAUUCAAUAAAAAAGUGAUUUUGCAUAAAAAUUGGACAUGUCUCAUUGUUGCCCCAAGUCUUCAAUUAGUGCAAAUGUAUAAUGAUUAAUAUAAUAUUUGAAAUGAAUUAUUUUUCAAAUUAUUUUCACUGCUAAAUAUGCUAAAUAGUUUAUACGAGUUUGUACUCGUAUUAUUUGUUUACAUUUUAACACAGCUACCGGGAGAGGCUGAGAGGCUGAAGCUCCCCCUUAGUCUGGAUACGCCACCUAUAAUAAUAUUAUGUUAUUAUCACAACGCUAUGUCCUAUUAUUCAUAAUUUAUGGUUAAAAUUAUUAUUAUCGUAUUCGUAAUGCGUUUGUUCAGUGCGUGAACGGGGGUUACCAGUUUUUCGCCAGCCGCAAGUUAGUGACCGUGUUCAGUGCACCCAACUACAAGGGAUACGGUUUGCCUGGCGCCAUCAUGUGUGUGGACAAGCACGUAAAAUGCACAUUCCAGGUGAUACCCGUGCAAAAGGAUAAGUCGAUGGUCAACCGGAAACGAUCUCGUCCAAAGUUAUCACGUCGGAAUGCAAAUAACAAAAGCGGCGGAGAUAGUCUGUGA